AUGGCUUCACCCAAUACAAACUUCAACCCUUCCUCGAUCAACAGUCAGCAGACUACCAUUGGCACAGGGGCAUCCUCCCAGUCGCAGUCCCAAACCGCUGGCUCCCAAUCACAACCGCCUACAACCGGAGACUCUAGCAAGACGUCCAUAUGGAGGUCUGUCAAGAAUCGUCUUUCCAAAGGCUCAAAAGAAGAAGGGUCUGUUCUGAAGACCGAACCUUUCGCCCCAGCUGAACGAUGGGUGAGCCUCCAAGCUGCGGGCGCAGCUUUGAAGACCGAUGUACCGAAGGCAUUCUUGCAAGCGUUCGAGCGCAUCAUUCAGCAGGAAGAAGUGUGCGACAAGAUCAUCUCCGAUGUCGACACGUCAGGUAACGUGUUGAGCGGUGGUGAUAACUAUCAGGUCACUUGGGGACCCCGAGGUCGGUCGUUACAGGGGUCGAUCAAACAAGGAUCGUGGGAAAGUGGCACGUUCGAAAUUAGCAACACUGAUCACAAGGCGUUGGAAGAGAGGCUCGACAAGGCGCUGGACCUGGCUUCCCGACUCUCGGUCAAUGGCAAAACGAUCUUGGUGGUGUUUGCGGGUGUCAAUCCACUCGACGGAGGGGAGACGGGGUACAGGUUUUCUUUCCGCUUGUACCCCAUCGAUCAGCAGAUUGGUGAACCCAGUGCGCAGCCGCCUUCAAAGUUGGUGGCCCUAGCGCGCAAACCCAUUCAAAGUAUGGGAGUGGCAUAG